CAAAUAACUGCAAUCACCUGAGGGAGGCCUAGGUCGCCCCGUGGGGAAUGAUGACGAAGAUAUUAACAUUGAGUCAGUCGUGUCGGCCACACUUGUCACAGUCCUGAGACUUCAAGCAGUGCAAAUCCCUGGACCGUCAUCUGACGAUGCAGGAAUAAGUUUAGGACUGUGAUAUUUUAACCAUUUUGAGUUGUAUCCAAACUGUUUCUUUCCUAACGGACUCGGACUUCUGAUAUUACGCCGUAAGUCCUUGGUUUAUUUGCUUGGUGUGUGCUACAUUCGCGGAGGAUUUGUACCUGUUUUUCUCUGUUCUGCAUUGCGUGACUCAAAGUCACCACGAUGUUGAGAUACAGUAACUCGACGGCAGCAGAACAAUUUCGAACGGCCAUCGCCGACCGGGCCCGUGUGCAUCCCUAUCAGAAGACUGUAUGGGUAGCCACCCCGAGGAAUGAGAUCGACAAGCCAACGGCCAUCGCCGACCGGGACCGAGUGCUUCCCUAUGAGAAGCCUGUUUGGGUGACCACCCCGAGACAUGAGAUCGUCAAGCCAACACGCCAAAUAGACCCCAUGGUUAGAAAAAGACGACGAAGUUGGUCCUGCCGGAAGUUGUCCGAUUUGGAGAUAGCUGGAAUUAUAUUCGCGUUGAUUGGUCUGACAAUCCAUAUUGUCAGCAUGGUAACGGAUUCCUGGGCAUCACACAAGAUACAGUACAAUACUAGUGAUUAUGAGUAUGCUGGUAUCUUCCCUCAGAACCAAACUCUGUAUGGCUGCCUUCCAAUUGGGCCUGUAGGCGCCGCCACCAUCGUCGCCCUGAUCUAUGGAGUGUCUGUCCCCGUCCUGUUCGUCAUUUACACCACCUGCUGCUGGAGACGCUGGGGAGGGCGUUACCUGGAGUACGCCACUGCUGCAAACUGCUUCGUGGCAACGCUUGGAGUUCUCGCGGCUCUCCUGUUCGCGGGGCUGAGGCUCUGGGGAUUCCCAAAGAGCGGCUUCCAGUUGGACUACAGCUACUACCUGGACAUCGGUGCAGGGUUUGGUUUCCUUAUUUCCGGAAUCUUAUUUCUUGCACACGUGUGUCUACAGUGGAAUUGACACGGAUGUCAGGAAUUCUUCUGUGAUGAGACGGAGGCUUGGAGUUUAGUGGAGUGACUACUGCAGAUGGAACUUCCGGUUGAACAAAUGUACCAAUGCUAACUUUUCAAACUUUGUGACAACAAAUGGCGACUACUUCUCAUUUCGACAUGUCAGUUUGUUUUCCCCUCCGUGUUAAACAGCAGGCUUAAACUGUCUUAAUCCUCAGCAAGGGGCGACUUGACGAAAUAAGAGGUUGAAAGGAAGCUAUGGAGCAACAUCCAAAGGCUUUAAAAAUCAAAAGCAACACUUGAACAAUAAAAUUUCUUUUUCGUA